UCACAAAUGAGGUCAUCUGACUGGAGUUUGCCAUGACUCAUGUCUAUCAGGAUAUCCUCAUCAUUUCAAUAACCAUGUACAUAAAUAAAAAACAUUCUAAUAUAUGCAUGUACAUAGAUAUAGAUAGACAGAUAGCUAACAUAUAUAUCAGAAAAUGUACUGCAUUUUCCUAAUUUCCUUUUGUGACAUUUCAAUUAUAAUCAGAAUAUCAUGGAUCUCAGGGUUCUGGUCUUGUGAGACAAAGUGUAUAGUAGCAAUGUAUCAAUUCCAUAACCAUCUUUCCAAUUAAAAUCACUUGAAAUCUUUUUAUAGAGAAAUGUUCUAUAGGAAGCAACUACAAAUAUGCUAUGGGAAUCCCAAAGGCCUACAAACCCUACUCAUCAACUGAUGACACAGGAAACAGAAUGAUAAGUCACACAAAGACCUGUCACUUGAGGUACAGAAAAGACACAUUGAGUAUGAGUGCGGACUGAGAGUGAGGACUUUACCUGUGUACUCCAAGCUAAAAAAAAACAAAAAAACAUACAAACAAACAAAGAAAAUUCAGGAAAGAGCAAUGUGGAGAUUAAGACUUGUGGAGAUUAAUACAUAAACCAAAACCUUGUGUAAGAGGAACAAGAAAAACAAUGACGUUGACAGCAUUUAACAAGUGUUACACAGCAUUUCUUAUAAUAUCACUUACUACUAUCAAUGGUCAAGUCUUUUACAGCUUUGAAAAUGGAACUUGUGCUAACGAUCUCCCAAGUUUCUGCACUUGCAAUCCACUGCAGAUAGUGUGUGACUGCAAAGGAGCUAAUGUGGUGUUUGGGAAUGAAUUUACAAGGCAGCAGAGAUCUAUUACCAUGCAAAACUGUCAUCGUCUAUCAAUCAAGCAAAAAAGUUUCUUCAGCAAUGGUCCCUUUAUGGUUGUCCUCAAAAACAUAAGUGAUAUCCGCUUAAUGCCCGAAUCAUUUGCCCUGGAUGUAUUUGGGGAGCCAAGAAUGAACCUCACAUUCCAGAACUCGACUCUCCACAACCUACCCACAAAUGGAUUUUUGGGCUCAGAAGCUGAGUCCCGUGUCCUAACAGGAUUAAAGAAAAGGAAACAACCACAACUGAUCAUCAAAGUCGAUAAAUGUGUGAUAAACAAAAUUGACCCAGGGGCUUUUGGAGAUUUUAUACUGCAAGACUUCUCUAUUUCUAAUUCAGAAGUUAAAAUGGUCAGCAAAAAUAGCAUCAGUAACCAAAUUGCAGGAAAAUUUAAAAUAACCAAUUCAAUACUUGGGUUGGAGGAAAAUGCUGUCAUACUGAGAGAAACUCCAGGAGAUGAUGGAUUACUUCUGAGAAACAACACUUUUACAAUUGCUGCACCUUCUUUCCUGCUGGGGAGUAUUGAGAAAGAUGUUUACAUUGUAAACAACACCUUCCCUCCUUUGGCUGGGUCGCCCUUCAACCUGCGAGUAGGAGGCCAAGUGCUCCUCAAAAGCAAUACCUUUGCCAACAUUCCAGAGAAUGGCCUGAAGUUCCAGGUCAAAGACAGGAUCAGUAUUGUGGACAACAACAUUUAUCGCCUCCAAGGCAAUGCAUUUCAGUUGAUUGCACCCACAGAUGGAAAGACAUUCAUUUUCCUUGAUGGGAACAUCAUCAAACAGCAUGAUCCAAGGUCACUGUGCAUCAGUAAGCUGUUUAACAAAGACUUUGUGGUCAUCAAGCACAACAUAUUUCAACAAGAAUGUUCUUGCAAUAUUACUGAAGAUAUCUCCAAUAGUUUGGGCUUUGAAGAGCUUACCCCUGAGGAACUCUACCAAGACAAAAUUCAUCAGCAGUGGCUUCAGCAGGGCGAGUGCCUUAAAGAGGCUGGUGGCACAGACCGCCUCCGCAUUGACUAUUUCCUGGUGCAAUUCUGCUUUAGGAACAACAGGAUGACAAAUGUGAUGCUUAUUCUCUUUGCUGUCCUCCUCAUUGUCAUUUCCACCUGUGUUAUUGUGGCCUGGCGGAGAAUCAGGCAGAGGAACUUGGCCUCACACUCAGGGUCUGACUACCAAUCGUUCAGUGCUCCUGCACCUUCCAGCGGAGGUCAAGGUGCUUGGGCAAUGGUUCAACCAGAUCCCAAGAGAUACCAAGAAACAGAAAUACAUAUUGUCUUUGACAAUGCUCAAGAGAUGAAAGACUUUGCCAGAUGUUCUCAAUAUAGUGAUGGAAAUGGUUCCACCAGGAGAUUAAAGAGCAUUAAAAGUCAUGACAAUAAGCGUGAUAGCAGCACCUACAACACGGGGGCUGCAGGGAGCCAAGAUAAUUAUCAUUUUGAACAGGAGAGUGUUGAUGGAACUCAAGAGUGCCAAGAAAGCAGCAAAAGAAAAAAGGAUAGCAAAAUCACUGAUGGCACAGAGGUGAAACAAGACCCAUAUCUACGCCAAUCUUGUCCCGCCCUAACUCUCCCUGACUAAUUGAUAAAAUGUUCAUGUCUGGGAUAGGCUGUAUUGAUCAAGCACACUGCAUUGUUAACAUCCCUAUAUAUUUUUUUCAGUUUGUAAGGUAUGAAAUCCAUAUAUGAGUCUAUAAUCCUGGUUUGUAUGUAUAUAUAACAAAAACUAUUAACUUGUUUUCUAACUUUGUAAGCAUGUAAAACAUGGCCAUGAACAUGUUUUCAAUGGCUUUCAGGGAUUAUGACUUCUGUAUUUUAACUACAGUUGACAUGGAUAUUUGAUAAAGAUGGCAAAAAGGAUAUUUACAGCUAAUAAAAGAUAUGAAAGUAUUAAUAAAACAAAAGAAUUUCUUUUCUUAAAUAAUGAAAAUUAUAGGAAGUCUGUUAAUAUCAAAUUUAAAGGUUACAAGUUAUGAAGCUAAAUGAUGGUUAUUAUUACAACCGAAUAGACUGUAGAGUGACUUGUAUGAGUAUACUGGAACAUUCAAGAAAAGAAAUGUAUAAUCUAAUAAUGGUAGAUAAGUAAAUGAAGUGAUGAGUUGCAUUUUUAUGUCGGAUAUGUACUUAAUACAGAGAAAGAUAUGGCACAAUUCUGAAAACAAUGUACAUUUUUUUUUUUGCAUGAGUGCUGAGCUAUGAUAACAUUAUAUAUAUCUAUAUUUUUGGUGUGUGUCGAGCUAUGAAAAUGACAAAUAUUUUUGUGUGUGGAUUACAUGAAUGGGUAUAUAUGGAUAACCUUCCAUGUGCAGCAUAAGCUUGCUUAUCUUCACUUCAAUGCAACAUUUUCAGAGGAAAUGCACACAAAAAAAGGUUCAGUAAUCAUUGUUCAUUGUAUUUCACUUUAUCGUUAUUUUGAAGCACUGAAGAGUUUUCAAUAACUUGAAAAAAGU